AAUGAUAUGGACAACAUGUUUGAUCUGUCUGAAAUCAGGCAGGCAAUAAUGGAUAGAGUGGCAAAUGUUACCAACAAAGUCCUGGGAUACAGAAGAUCUCUUGUUGGCCAUGCAUCUCUCUGGCUGGAGAACCGGUCUGAGUUCAUGAAGCAAUUCCUUCUCUGUGGUCAUGGUUUAGCAUCCACAAAGGUACCUCUUGCUGACAAAGUCUCUCAGCAGCCUCACACUAUUAAAGUUUUUAAAGAGUAGACGAUAAAGCAAUUAAUUGACACCUGUGAAAACCUUUAUUUUCAGAUAACUAACUCUGCGGUCAAAAUUUUUGACAGUUAGUUUAAAGUGGAUACAAAGCCUUUCAAAACAAGCUUGCUAAACAUUAUUAAGAAAUGGAGCUGGGUGUGGUUUAAGGAGCAUCUGCUGAGAUUUUUCAGUUGGUCCCUUAAUGAGCUGGAAGAAUUUAUAAAAGUGACAGAUGCUGGACUCCAAAGAGAGGUGACCAAGAGAGAUUAUUGUGUGCUGGUAGCAAUCAUGGGCCAUCUCCUGGCUAUGAAAGAGAGUCAGACAACUGCUGACAAACUCUUUGAACCUUUAAAAGAGAUGGCUGCACUACUAGAAAGCUGUGGACAGAAGAUGACAGGUGACAUUUGUGCCCAGUUGGAGAGCAGCAUUGAUGAUUGGACUAAAACUCAGUGGAGAGAGAUUAAUGUGGAACAGAUGGAUGUGCAGCUCAGAAGGUUUGCCAAGGCAGUGCUCACUCUAUGUGUAACUUUGUUCAGAACCUGUGGCAUGGCUGUCCCUGACAUUGAGCUGAUCUCUGAAAUUAUGUUGGUUGCUGAAGGGUUUAUUGAUGCGUGUCUGUUAGCCAGGAAGUUUAUCACCUUGUAACCACUCUGCAGGGAGCUGCUCCCUGAACAGCACUGUUAUGACUGGUGACUUUGGGCUAUCAAGUCAGUUUUGGUAAUUGCUGGGCCCUUGAAACAGGGAGACAAGAAAUAGUCCUGAGGAUCAGUGCUUAUGGGAAUCUAAAGAGACUUUAGUUUCCCUAAAAUAGUAACAGAUGAUAUCCCAAUUUUCACAGGCCUAAUCAGUGACCUGUUUCCAGCUCUGGAUGUUACUAGGAAGAGGAACCUACAGUUUGAACAGAUGGGUAAACAAUCUACCCUGAAGCUUCAUUUGAAGCCUGAAGAGAGCUUUAGUCUCAAAGCGGUUCAGCUGGAGGAGCUGCUGGCAGUGCAUCACUCUGUGUUUGACGUUGGAAAUGCAGGAAUUGGAAAGAGUUGAGUGCUAAAAUUUCUGCUCCACAUGUAUGUGAGCAUGAAAGAAAUACCUGCUUGGAAUGAUCUUUACUCAAAAGUCCUGACAACUGAUGAACUGUUUGGCUUUAUACACCAUGAAACCUUAAGAAAUGAGAAAGUUAUCUAUUUUGUUUAUGAUUUGAAUAUGGCUGAAGUGGAUAGAUAUGGAACAGUUCGAUCUCCUGCACUGAUUCGGCAGCAUAUAGGUUAUGGACACUGGUAUGAUAGGCAGAAGCUAACUAUUAGAGAAAUUCAUAGUUGUCAAUAUGUUGCUCAUAUGAAUCCAACUGCUGACAACUUCACUAUCAAACCUAGGCUCCAGAGACAUUUUACAAUAUGUGCUUCAACUUCCUUUCUUAUUGACUCUAAGACUAGCUCAUCUUUCAGUGCGGAGUGUGUGGCUACAUCAAUCACUACAUUAUUCUACAAUAAACUGAAUGCCUCUAUGCACCUAGUCUUAUUUGAGGGUGUCAUGCAGCAUGUGUGCCAAAUCACUCAUUUCCUAGAAUUCCCUAGGGGUUGUGCACUUCUGAUUGGAGUAGGUGGUAAACUGAGCUUGUCAAGGCUGGCAGCAUACAUCUGCUCCCUAGAGUUUUUCCAAAUCACACAGAAGAAAGAUUACGGGAUGCAGGACCUCAGGGUAGAUCUUGCCAGUUUGUACAUCAAGACUGGUGCCAAGAACAUGCCAACAGUGUUUUUGCUGACAGAUGCCCAAGUUCCAGAUGAACGCUUUUUUGUGCUGAUUAAUGACUUGUUGGCAUCAGGAGAGCUUCCAGAUCUGUUCAGUGAUGAAGGCUUGAAGCUCAUAGUUGCAUGAGUAGAAAAAGUCUGAGCCCUGGGCCUGAUGGAUACCAGAGAGCACUGCUGCAGGUUCGUCUUGAGUAGGGUUGCACUGUGUAUUAAAAUUGUUCUGUGUUUCUUUCCAGCCAGUGCCGCCCUAUGAAAGUGAGCUCGGAAGUUCCCAGCCAUGGUUAAGCGCCCUGCUAUUGACUGGUUUCAGGAGUGGCCACAGGAGGCCCUUUGCUCUGGCAGCAGGAGGUUCAUUGAGGAAGCUGAGGGGGUCGAGGUACAGAGUUUCAAGCUCAUCGACCCAUACAAAAUACUUGGAGUCGUCGUGAAAUUGAGAAGGAAGGGGGAAGGGAUGUCUGAGGCUGCUUCCAGGAAACCCCCGGGCGUUUUCCCUCCCCGGGGCCGUGUGGAGAGCCGGGCUGUGGAAUCCGAUACAGGUUCCCUGGCUGCCGACCCUGCAGCGCUGCGGCGGCACACGGAUGCCUCCUUUGGCAUGUUUCAGCUAGCUCAACUUAACCGCAAAGACUUAAGAUUUAUAUAUGUGAUAGUGAUCACUAUUAUACAUUCUGAGAAAAGAUAUAGGGAGGAUGCAGAAGGAUCAGAGCAUAUUCCUCAGAAUUGUCUGAAAGUCAUCAAGAAACAUUACUUGAAGGAUCCAGAUUUCAACCCAAAUCAUGUUCGUACAAAAUCCUUUGCAGCAGCUGGUCUCUGUCCCAGGGUCAUCAAUAUAGUAAAAUUCAGUGAGGUGUAUCAUGAGGCAGAACCAAAAUGUUGUGCACUGGCUCAGGCUCACACUGAAUUAGCAGCAGCUACAGAAAAACUGGAAGCCAUCAUUAAAAAGCUUCUUCUAAGUACUCUCACAUCUCCACUCGACAAAGCAGUUGAAGACAAAGUCCAAUGUCAAGAUGAUGUGAACUGAACAAAAAAAAUUACUGAGCUAGCCAGCAGGUUGGUCAACUGACUUGAUCUGUUCAAAAUUAGAAAUGGCUUGUCCGUUGGAAACCUCAAAGCAAAAAAGAAAACUUUAUGUCGUGGUAUCUUACUUACCAGCCGCUUGUGUUUUUAUUUUGGACCCUUCUCAAAAGAGUAUCAUCAGGAACUGAUGGGGCAUUUCUGUAUUCCUUUUCUAAAGCAAAAGGUUCCUUUUCCUGUGAUGGAGGGCCUGGAUCCAGUUGCCACAUUGACGGACGAUGCUAUGAUUGCAGCAUGGAGUAACGAGAGACUGCCUGGUGAUAGGAUGCCAACAGAAAAUGCCACUUCUCUAAGAAACUGCAAGUGCUGACCUCUGAUGAUAGAUCCCCAACAUCAGGGAAUUAAAUGGAUAAAGAAUACAUGCGGAGCUGACCUUAAGUCAUACAGCAUAGGUAGAAAAAUUUUUCUGAAGACCAUUGAAAGAGCUUUGGCUUUUGGUGAGACUGUACUAAUUGAAAACAUGGGUGAAUCUAUUGAUCCCAUACUUGAUCCCCUGCUUGGAAGACAUAUAGUUAAAAAGGGAAGGUACGUAUACGUAGGAAGAAAAAAAUGUGAAUUCAACAAGAACUUCUGUCUCAUCCUUCACACUAAGCUGGCUAACCCUCACUACAAGCGAGAACUGCAGGCUCAGGCCACCCUCAUUAAUUUCUCUGUCAUUGAGGACAGGCUGGAAGAGCACCUGUUGGCUGAGGUUGUUAGUCCUGAAAGGCAAGACUUAGAAAAACAUAAGGCCUUCAAUGUGUUUUCCACAAAGCAAUUUAAUAGGCUGAAAUAUCAGGGGAUAUUCAAUGAGAGAAAAGUUGCCACAUAUUCAACCUUUCUUUUCACAAGCCAAGGACUUUUUGAAAAAGAUAACCUCAUUUUUUCUCACCCAAACAGCUUUAAGAUUCUUCUAAGAAGUAAAGAGAUAGAAUUUGUGGAAUUGGAUUUCCUUCUUCGAUUCAGAAGAACACAUGUGAGUCCUGUUGACUUCCUAAGUACUCAGUGAUGGAGUGUCAUUAGAGCCAUGGCAGUGAUGGAUGUGUUCAGUGGGGUAGAUAAAGAUAUUGAAAGAUCCACCAAGAAAUGGAAGAAGUGGGUGGACUCAGAAUGUCCAGAAAAGGAAAAGUUCCCCAGGAAUAGACAAAAAAAAAAAAAACAAACCUCUUUUGAGAAACAAUUAAUGUUGUCCAAGGACAGAAUGACAUACACUCUGAGGAACUUUGUGGAAGAAAAGCUUGGCUGAAGGUAUGUGGAAAGCGCAAGGAUGGAUUUAGCAAAAUGCAGUGAGCAGUCCAGCUCGACCAGUCCUGUGUUUUUCAUUCUGACUUCCAGAGUAGACCCACCUGAAGAUACCGAGACAUUAGGCAAAAAGCUUGGGUUCAUUAUAGACUGUAGACUCUAGAAGAUUUCAUAACAUCUCUUUCGGACAAAGGCAGGAGAUGGUUGCAAAUGAGGCACUCAAGAAGGCUGCCU